UAUUUGCUCUUUCUGUCAGUCUAACGCUCCACAUUCGGAGACAAGGGACCCGACACGUCCCAGUGCCAAGCUUCCUACGAAAGGUUGGUGGACCAAAACAGUGAAAAGCUGCGAAGAGAAACGUAAGACCUUGAGAAGAGAGCAAGGGCAGACUAUUGCCCCACCAGUUGUCUCUGAGGUCCCAACCCUUAGAAAGGAUGGAGAACGCGCACACCAAAGGGACGGAGGAAUGCCUGGCGUACUUUGGCGUGAAUCAGGUCACCGGUCUCACUCCUGAUCAGUUUAAGAAGAACCUGGCCAAGUAUGGCCACAAUGAGCUCCCAGCUGAGGAGGGGAAGAGCGUCUGGGAACUGAUUGUUGAGCAGUUCGAGGAUCUUCUGGUCAGGAUUCUGUUGCUGGCUGCCUGCAUCUCCUUCGUGCUGGCCUGGUUUGAGGAAGGUGAAGAGACCGUCACUGCCUUCGUGGAGCCCUUGGUCAUCCUCCUCAUCCUCAUCGCUAACGCAGUGGUCGGAGUGUGGCAGGAGCGUAAUGCAGAGGACGCCAUCGAGGCUCUGAAGGAGUAUGAGCCAGAGAUGGGCAAAGUGUACCGCUCAGACAGGCAGAGCGUCCAGAUGAUCAAGGCCAGACUGAUCGUCCCUGGCGACAUCGUGGAAGUGUCUGUUGGUGACAAAGUACCCGCUGACAUCAGGCUUGUGGCCAUCAGAUCCACCACCCUGCGCGUGGACCAGUCCAUCCUGACUGGUGAGUCCGUCAGUGUGAUCAAGCACACAGAAGCUGUGCCCGACCCCAGAGCCGUGAACCAGGACAAGAAGAACAUGCUGUUCUCUGGCACCAACAUUGCUUCAGGCAAGGCUAUCGGCAUUGCCGUGGCCACCGGAGUGGGCACAGAGAUUGGUAAGAUCCGUGACCAGAUGGCGGCGACAGAGCAGGAGAAGACUCCACUGCAGGCCAAGCUGGACGAGUUCGGAGAGCAGCUGUCCAAGGUGAUCACUCUGAUCUGCAUCGCCGUGUGGAUGAUCAACAUCGGCCACUUCAACGACCCUGUCCAUGGUGGCUCCUGGAUCCGCGGCGCCGUCUACUACUUCAAGAUCGCCGUGGCGCUGGCCGUGGCUGCCAUCCCUGAGGGUCUGCCUGCCGUCAUCACCACCUGCCUGGCCCUGGGCACACGCCGCAUGGCCAAGAAGAACGCCAUCGUCCGGUCCCUGCCCUCCGUGGAGACCCUGGGCUGCACCUCUGUCAUCUGCUCCGACAAGACCGGCACCCUCACCACCAACCAGAUGUGUGUGACCAAGAUGUUCAUUAUCAAGACUGUGGACGGAGACCAUGUUGACCUGAACGCCUUCGAUAUCUCUGGCUCCAAGUACACCCCCGAAGGAGAGGUGUAAUUCCCAGGAGGUGCUAAGACUAACUGCAGUGCCUAUGAUGGCCUGGUGGAGCUGUCCACCAUCUGUGCUCUGUGCAACGACUCAUCUCUGGACUACAACGAGACCAAGAAGAUCUAUGAGAAGGUGGGUGAGGCUACUGAGACCGCCUUGUCCUGCCUGGUGGAGAAGAUGAACGUGUUCAACUACGUCUCCAACCUGACCAAGAUCGAGAGAGCUAACGCCUGCUGUACUGUGGUGAAGCAGCUGAUGAAGAAGGAGUUCACCCUGGAGUUCUCCAGAGACAGGAAGUCCAUGUCUGUGUACUGCACCCCCAUGAAGGGAGAGGGCGGUGCCAAGAUGUUUGUGAAGGGAGCCCCUGAGGGUGUGAUUGAGAGAUGCGCCUACGUCCGUGUUGGCACCACCCGCGUGCCCCUGACUGGCCCCGUCAAGGACAAGAUUAUGACCGUGAUCAAGGAGUGGGGAACCGGCCGCGACACCCUGCGCUGCCUGGCCCUUGCCACCCGUGACACUCCCCUGAAGGUGGAGGAGAUGGUCCUAGAGGACGCCACCAAGUUCGCUGACUACGAGACUGACCUGACCUUCGUGGGCUGUGUGGGCAUGCUGGACCCUCCCCGCAAGGAGGUGGUGGGCUCAAUCCAGCUGUGCAGAGAUGCUGGCAUCCGUGUCAUCAUGAUCACUGGCGACAACAAGGGCACAGCCGUGGCUAUCUGCCGUCGCAUUGGCAUCUUCAGUGAGGACGAGGAUGUGACCGGCAAGGCCUUCACCGGACGUGAGUUUGAUGACCUUCCCUCCUCCGAGCAGGUCGAAGCCGUAAGGAACGCCAGCUGCUACGCCCGCGUGGAGCCCUCCCACAAGUCCAAGAUCGUUGAGUUCCUGCAGGGCAUGGACGAGAUUACCGCCAUGACUGGUGAUGGAGUGAAUGAUGCCCCGCUCUGAAGAAGGCAGAGAUUCAUCGCCAUGGGCUCUGGCACUGCCGUUGCCAAGUCAGCCUCUGAGAUGGUCCUGGCUGAUGACAACUUCUCCUCCAUUGUGGCUGCUGUUGAGGAGGGCAGAGCCAUCUACAACAACAUGAAGCAGUUCAUCCGCUACCUCAUUUCCUCCAACGUGGGCGAGGUUAUCUUCCUGACGGCUGCGCUGGGUCUUCCUGAGGCUCUGAUCCCCGUCCAGCUGCUGUGGGUGAACCUGGUGACAGACGGCCUCCCCGCCACCGCCCUGGGCUUCAACCCCCCCGACCUGGACAUCAUGGGCAGGAGGCCCCGUUCCCCCAAGGAGUCCCUCAUCUCCGGCUGGCUGUUCUUCAGAUACAUGGUCAUCGGAGGAUACGUUGGAGCUGCCACAGUUGCAGCUGCAGCCUGGUGGUUCAUGUAUGACCCCACCGGCCCUGGAGUCACCUACCACCAGCUGUCCCACUUCAUGCAGUGCUGUGAUGAGAACGAGGACUUCGCUGGCAUCAACUGCCACAUCUUUGAGGCCGCUCCGCCCAUGACCAUGGCCCUGUCCGUGCUGGUCACCAUUGAGAUGUCCAACGCCCUCAACAGCUUGUCUGAGAACCAGUCUCUGCUGCGCAUGCCCCCCUGAGCAACCUGUGGCUGCUGGAGCCAUGGCUCUGUCAUGUCCCUUCACUUUGUGAUCAUCUAUGUGGACACAUGCCCGUGAAUGAUCUUCAAGCUCACUCACCUGGGUGUGGAGCAGUGGUUGAUGGUGCUGAAACUCUUUCCUGUCAUCCUCAUUGAUGAGGUGCUGAAGUUCGUCGCCCGCAACUACCUGGAGCCUACAGCUGCAAUUUAGGAAUGUAGAAGAGGAAAGGAGCGAAUUUAAGAACGAGAAAGAGAGCGAGAGAGAAGAGAGGCGAAGGAGGAGAAGAAAAGAGGAAGAUCACAACCAAUGGGAGGGCUCUUGUGAGCCAACCAAUAGAAGAGAGAGGACAAACACAGGAAAAUCAAGAAAAAAACAAUAAAACAUCCAAAAAUCUACAUAAAAACUGCCUCUGUAUAAUGAGUUUAAAAUGGAAGGGGAGAGGAUCUGCCUCACCUGUAUUAGAGUAUUUAAGAUUUUAUUCUAAGAAAUAAAGUAUGUAUUAAAAGUGA